GCGCAGACGGGCAAGAGGUGCCAACAUGCCGGUGGCCCGCAGCUGGGUUUGUCGGAAAACCUAUGUGACCCCGCGGAGACCCUUCGAGAAAUCCCGCCUCGACCAAGAGCUGAAACUGAUCGGCGAGUAUGGGCUCCGGAACAAACGUGAGGUCUGGAGGGUCAAAUUCACCCUGGCCAAGAUCCGCAAGGCCGCCCGGGAGCUGCUGACGCUGGACGAGAAAGACCCGCGGCGUCUGUUUGAAGGCAACGCCCUGCUGCGGCGACUAGUCCGCAUCGGGGUGCUGGACGAGGGCAAGAUGAAGCUGGAUUACAUCCUGGGUCUGAAGAUAGAGGAUUUCUUGGAGAGGCGCCUGCAGACCCAGGUCUUCAAGCUGGGCUUGGCCAAGUCGAUCCACCACGCCCGCGUGCUGAUCCGCCAGCGCCAUAUCAGGGUUCGCAAGCAGGUGGUGAACAUCCCGUCCUUCAUCGUCCGCCUGGACUCCCAGAAGCACAUCGACUUCUCUCUGCGCUCUCCGUAUGGGGGUGGCCGCCCAGGCCGCGUGAAGAGGAAGAAUGCCAAGAAGGGCCAGGGCGGGGCUGGAGCUGGUGAUGAUGAGGAGGAGGAUUAAGCUGACCCAUCCCCUGCUGGGCUGGUGGAGUGUUUGGUUUUCCCGUCAGAUAAUAAAACAAGGUCAGCACUUUGGACCUGG